UACUCAUAAAAUUUAAUAUCGCUCGAUUCUUAUAAGUGAUCGAUAAAAUUGUCAAAUCUAGUUUGAGCAAUUGAACGUCCAGAAACCGGUUGUAAUUAGUGAAAGUUGAAAUAGGAAUGUGAAGUUUCACUUAUAAGAAUAAAUCUCUAUCGAUCAUUUUAUAACAUAAUUAAAAAAAAAGCAAUACGCUCUCGACGAAAAGUUAACCUUAAGAGGAAGUUUAUUUUUAGAUAUGUAUCUAAUCUCAUUGAUUAUCUGUUUGAAGUUUGAAAUCUACUGUUAUUGUUCGGUGUAACGAGAGUAAAAGCACUCGUGGGAAGAGGUUACCGUUCUUUCCCACGAGAAGCGAUUCACUUUCGUUAAUAUUAUUCUUUGCAUUUACAUUCAAUAAACGUCUCACUAUCAAAUAUAUCGCGUAAUUGUCACGAACAAGUAAAAGUUAGCGACAAAGUUCGUUUUAACCUACGUAGUAAAGCUGUUGCACGCAGUUACGGAAGUGGCGUCAUUCCUAUUCCAUUAUGGCGGACAUUCAGCAGAGUAAACAGAGUGGCAAUUACAGCAGAUCGUAUGUGGUCAAGAAAGUCCCGAUGACGACCCUCGAUGAAAACGUGAACCGUGUUCCACGGGUGUACACAAACGAACGGGAGGAAGAAGAUCGAUCUGGUUGGCAAGAAAAAAUAGAACGUCUUUCAAUGGAUAGUCAGGAUAAAAAGACAUCGGAUGUAGGACAACCUGUACAGAUCGUACUUGCUCAUCCAGACCAUAGUUUCGAAUUAAACGAAGAAGCCUUGUCAAAAAUUCUUCUUGACGAUGAUAUUAAAAAUAGGAGUGUAGUUGUUGUGUCAGUAGCAGGUGCUUUCAGGAAAGGCAAAAGCUUCCUGCUUGACUUUUUCUUGCGAUACAUGAACAGUCAGUAUAAUAAUAAUAACCAGACGGAUUCUUGGUUGGGCCAAGAUGAUGAGCCACUGAGUGGAUUUUCAUGGAAAGGAGGCUCUGAAAGAGACACAACAGGGAUAUUAAUGUGGUCGAAAGUUUUUUGCGGUACCUUACCGGACGGUGAAAAAAUUGCUGUGAUUUUAAUGGAUACACAAGGUGCUUUCGAUAGCCAGUCGACAGUGAAGGACUGUGCGACUGUGUUUGCUCUAAGUACAAUGUUGUCAUCCGUACAAAUUUAUAAUCUAUCACAAAACAUCCAAGAGGAUGACCUUCAGCACUUGCAACUUUUUACGGAAUAUGGUAGGCUGGCGUUACAAAAGUCUGGUGUCACGCCGUUCCAGAAGUUACAAUUCUUAGUGAGAGAUUGGAGUUACCCAUACGAAGCACCUUAUGGUUCAGAAGGUGGAAAAGAGAUACUAAACAGAAGACUAGAAAUCUCCGACAAACAACAUCCAGAAUUACAAAAUCUGAGAAUGCAUAUUAAGUCUUGCUUCUCGGAAAUAUCUUGUUUUCUAAUGCCACAUCCAGGCCUGAAUAUUGCCACUAAUCCUCGUUUCGAUGGUAGAUUAUCGGAAAUUCAACCAGAAUUUAAGGAACAGCUCAAAGUGCUUAUACCGGUGUUAUUAGCUCCAGAGAAUUUAGUUCCAAAGAAAAUCGAUGGUCAACUUGUGAAAGCAAGGGAUUUGUUGGAAUAUUUCAAAAGUUACAUGAAAAUUUACAAAGGAAACGAACUUCCAGAACCAAAAAGUAUGUUAGUGGCAACAGCAGAGGCAAAUAAUUUGGCUGCGGUAACGGAAGCGAGAGAAUUUUAUAUACGAUUAAUGGAAGAUGUCUGUGGAUCAAGAAAACCAUAUUUAACAACAGCGCGUUUAGAGACCGAGCAUGCACGUUGUAUGGAUAAAGCUAUGUGCAUAUUUCAAAAUAAAAGAAAAAUGGGCGGAGAUGCAUUUAGUCAAACCUAUAUGAAAAAAUUAUGCGAGGAUAUGGAUAAAGCGUUUGUUCAUUUUAAAGCACAAAAUGAAAGUAAAAAUGUUUUCAAAUCAACAAGAACCGCAGGAGUAUAUGGUGCAAUUGUUGCCAUCAUGUACUUUUUAUCCUCAGUAUUUGGUUUUACUGGCUUAUAUUUGCUAGCAAAUAUUUGUAACUUCAUCAUGUGCAUCUGUAUAUUAACCCUCAUGUUAUUGGCAUAUAUUAGGUACAGUGGUAAUUACGACACACUUGGGGUAGUGAUAGAUGAAGUGGCAAACACUUUAUGGAAUAAUGUCCGAGAUAUGGGUGUACUAUUCACUGUACUUACACUUGCUGUGGCUGCUGCUUCAUCAUGGUUUAUAAUUUUAUAUGGUUUCAUUUCAUUUCCACUUCCUUCUCCACCUUCGUCUUCUACACGUUUUAGUUUUGGAGAUAUAUCUAAUUUUUGGGAACAUUUAUAUUCUAUUGUUGAGAAGUAUCAAAUAUUCAAAUAUAUCAACUAUUACUUCGGCAAUUAUAUAGAAAAGGGCACACCUCACCGAUUUCAAUAAGCUUGAAAUAUGUUGUCAAGGACAACAUUCUGAACAAUUUUUUGCUGUACAUUUAAUUACCGCUCGGCCUUCGUGUCCAAGAUAUACACAAAAGCUUCAAUUAAAUUUAGUUACUAUUACAUUUCAUUCAUACAACAUAAUAAGUGACCGCAUUUUUAUAUGACCCAACCUAAACUGAACUCCAAUCCAUAGCCCAUUCAUUUUUAUUUUUUAUUUGCACAAUGUCAAAAAUAGUUUUCUUUCACCAAUGAAUUAAACUUAGGUUGGACUAUAUAAAGAUGCCCGCCUACUUCAGAGUAGAGUGUAAUCUUAACAUGAAUUGUAUUGAGGUUUUUUGCAAAUAUUUCAGAAAUUAAGGCCGAGUGACG